AUGGAAAGUAGUUCAUUGGGUAUAGUACCAGUUGAAGGGGGUGGAUACCAGUUUGAGACCAAGAAUGAGACUGAAAUAGUCUAUGAAGGAAGAAAGUACGUGAUACCAGGGAGAAUGAGGGUGGAGGCCAUUGAUAGGGCAAUGACUGUAAGAAAGAGUAUCAGGUCGAGUACACUGAUAUCAAAGUAUGGUAGAUAUGGAUUAUGUAGAACAGUUGAUGGGAUUAGGAUGGAAUUUGGGUAUGAAUUGGGUGGAAUUAGGAUGGUGUGUAACAAGGAUAUGAUCAAAUUGAUCAAUAUUGGUGAUAAGCGUAUUAUUAGUGUUGAAUCAGGUUUAUUCUAUAAUGAUACAAGACACCUUAGGAUAUUCACAACAUACUUUGAUACUGGUUUAGAGUGGAUUAAUGUUGAAUCAGACACCAAUUUGAUUAGUAGGGGAGAUAUCAGUGCUUAUGUUAAUCAAAUUGGUAGUGGAAUAGUAGUCAUAUUGGGGAUAUCAGUGCUUAUAUUCAUAGGAUGGCUGUACUACAAGGGUACUAAGUGGGUAGAAUAG